AUGUCUACUAUUUCUCUAGGUCACUACUUAUUCGAAAGAUUAAAGCAAGUUGGUGUUAACACCAUCUUCGGUUUGCCAGGUGACUUCAACUUGGUCCUGUUGGACAAGAUCUACGAUGUCCCAGGUAUCAGAUGGGCCGGUAACGCCAACGAGUUGAACGCUGCUUACGCUGCUGACGGGUAUGCCAGAAUCAAGGGGAUGGCCUGUUUGUUAACCACUUUCGGUGUCGGUGAAUUGUCCGCCUUGAACGGUAUUGCCGGCUCCUACGCUGAACACGUCGGUGUGUUGCAUGUGGUGGGUACUCCAUCGACUCACUCCCAGGCUAACGGGUUGCUGUUGCACCACACUUUGGGUAACGGUGACUUCGAUGUCUUCCACAGAAUGUCCGCUCAGAUCUCCGAGACCACAGAGAUGAUCACCGACCCUCACAAGGCUGCUGACCAGAUCGACAGAUGUAUCAGAACUACUUACGUCAAGCAGAGAACCGUCUACUUGGGUAUCCCAGCUAACAUGUUCGACUACGAAAUGCCAAGAUCCCUACUGGACACCCCAAUUGACUUGUCCCUAAAGGCCAACAACCCAACUUCUGAAAGACAGGUGUUGGACACCAUUUUGCAAAGUGUUAAAGAUGCCAAGAACCCAAUCAUCAUCUCCGAUGCCUGUGCCUCCAGACACGACGUCAAGGAGGAGACUCAACAGUUAAUCAACAUCACUCAAUUCCCAGCCUUCGUGACUCCAUUGGGUAAGGGCUCCAUCGACGAGACCCACCCAAGAUACGGUGGUAUCUACGUGGGUACUCUGUCCAGACCAGAGGUCAAGGAGGCUGUUGAAUCCGCUGACUUGAUUCUUUCCGUCGGUGCCUUGCUAUCCGAUUUCAACACGGGUUCCUUCUCAUACUCGUACGAAACCAAGAACGUUGUUGAGUUCCACUCCGACCACAUGAAGAUCAAGAACGCCGUGUUCCCAGGUGUCCAAAUGGAACCCCUGCUCCGCAAGCUUUUGAAGGAGAUCCCAGCCGUGGUCAAGGGCUACAACCCGGUUGCUGUCCCAGCGAAGAUCCCAGCGAACGACAAGAGCAUCAGCGCCACCGCACCACUUCGCCAAGAGUGGAUGUGGAACCAGUUGUCCGAGUUCUUGCAAGAGGGCGACAUCAUCAUCACGGAGACAGGUACUUCCGCGUUCGGUAUCAACGGCACGACGUUCCCCAAGAACGCUGUCGGCAUCUCCCAAGUGCUAUGGGGGUCCAUUGGUUUCACCGUGGGUGCUCUACUGGGCGCCGCAUUCGCCGCCGAGGAGAUCGACCCGAAGAAAAGAGUCAUCUUGUUCAUUGGUGACGGGUCUCUACAAUUGACCGUGCAAGAGAUCUCUACGAUGAUCAAGUGGAACUUGAAGCCAUACCUGUUCAUCUUGAACAACAACGGGUACACCAUCGAGAAGCUGAUCCACGGGCCCACCGCUGAGUACAACGAGAUCCAAUCGUGGGACCACUUGAAGUUGCUGCCCACUCUCGGUGCGAAGGACUACGAAGCCGUGAGAGUCGCUACUGUCGGCGAGUGGAACAAGUUGACCCAGGACAAGGAGUUCAACAAGAACUCCAGAAUCAGAGUCAUCGAAGUCAUGCUCCCCGUCAUGGACGCGCCCCAGUCAUUGAUCGAACAAGGUAAGUUGACGGAGAAGAUCAACGCCAACAGCGGUUAA